UUGAAUAAUUUGGGAAUUCAUCCAAUCCCAAAGCAAGCUCUGGCUGGAUCAAGGAAAACUGUACCUGUAUUGACGCCGGCAUUCUCGCCAUGAGACCUCUCAGCAUUCUAUGUUUUGGCAACAGCCUUACAGCUGGGUGGACUAAGUCUGGUUCAGUCUGGCAUCCAUAUGCGGGAUCUCUAGUUUCUUCUCUCGAGGAAUACCUUCCAUCAACAAACAUCACUACUGACGUUCAGGGCUUGCCUGGUGAUCAAGCGGUUAGCCCGCCUGGCUCUUUCCUGCCGCGAAUGAAGACGCUGUACCAAGAAAACGAAAACCCAUAUGACUGGGCCAUCAUCCUGGGUGGGACCAACGAUCUUAAGAUGACCAGUAGCGGCGACAACAUCUGGAACGCCCUGAAAGAGGUCUACGAGAUUCCACUCCAGGCCGGAACAAAAGUCCUCGCUCUUACUGUUCCCGAGUGCGGAGACUGCGAUUUCCCCCCUACUCUCGGUGCAGAACGUGAUCAUCUCAAUGAUCUGAUAUUGUCCCAUGAGGCUGAAAAUUUUAAUACAUUUGAUCUCCUCUCCGCAAUCCCGUAUUUCUCAAUGCCGGAGGAUCAGAGGAAGGAAAUCUGGGAUGAUGGAACGCAUCUGACAGAGGCUGGAUAUGAUCUCAUGGGAACUCUGCUUUCUGAGAGACUACUCCAACUCAUUUUGGAGACUGAAGUAUCAGAGAAAGGGACCCAAAGCCAUUUCAAGGGUGAGUUGAAAACGAGAAAGAAAGUCAUGAAAGCCAAGAAGGUAAAAUAGAAAGGAUCUCCAUGGGAGGGUAGUACGAGCAACUGAAGUCCCCGAGUGAGUAGUUAUGCAGCCCGUAAGCAUAAGUGAUGCAUAGAAUAUUUAAGCUCUGAUACAGCCAUGUUGACAUACUUGAUCU